AUGUCCUACGCUGUAGCGAAAGACCCAUCGCCCGUGGGCCGCGAUGGCCCGCCGUCCUCCGCGACCGUGUACGACUUUAUAUGCCUCUUCACGCACGACCUGCGCCGCAAGCAGAAGCGAUGGCAGGACGGCAAACUCAAGUACCACAGCUUCAACAAGAAGAUCAUGGUCUACGACGACCAUGGCCACUUUGUCGGCGACUCGCACUGGGACCAAGAGGGCGAUCUGGCCCAGGGCGACGAGUUCUCGCUGGACCGCGGCAUGGCGCUUGUCCAGGUGGAGGUGUGCACUGGCGAGAAGCAGCAGGACCUGACGGAGCUCCUGGACAAGAGGGCGCGCGAGGUGGAAAAGCGACGGCAAGUAGCCGCCGCAAAGGCGCCGAGGGCGACACCACGUGGCUCGUUGGCUGGCCGGGGUGCGCAACCGCAGGCCGCGCCGCAGCACCGGCCGCAUCUCCCGCUGAGCUCCCUGGUGCAAAGCCCGGGCCACAUCGGCCGCGCCGCUAUUCCAGCGCAUUCCCCGUUUGAAGCCCGACAACAGCAGCGGUUGCACCAGAACCAGCCGGCGACCACGGAUGCGCAGCCGACGGUGGCGGCGCCGGCUAGGAAGCGACGCGCGAGCCCCUCGCCGCCGAGCAAGGCCGGGUUCGCGCGGAACCUGUUUGGCACCACGCUGAACCUGUCUUCCAGCCCCAGGCCGGAGCUACUGGCCGCGCGGGCGCGGGCGCUGCGGCAGAGGAUGCAGUCGCAGUCGACGCCGCAGAAGGACGAGGAGGGGGAUGCGGAGGAGCAGGUGUCGGUGCAGAGCAGUCCGUUCUUCGAGCAGAAUGGGGCAGAGACGACGCCGUCAAGGCCGGCGAAGGAACAGCGUGCGGCUGUGCAGCCGCUGGCGCGGCCUGCAAUUGCGACGGCGCGAUCGGUGAUGAGAGAGGCGGAGGAGGCAGGCAAUCGGCAUUUGGGAACGGCUACAGAUGACGAGGAUACUCGGCCACAAAAGGCAACAAAGAAGAAAGUAAAAGAGGUACGGAAGCCGCAACGUCAGACUGUCGCUGUUGGCCAUACAGCAGAGGACACACGCCACGAGGAGCAGCCUACGAUACAAGAGAAGUCCCCUCAGAAGAAUAAGAGCAAGGAAAUACCGCAAUCACGAGAACUACGACAGCCCGAAGAUCCACCUCCGAAGAAGCCGGAGAAGAAGAAGAAGCAGCCUGCUGCAACGCGGCGUUCACCUACACCGGAUCUCAUGAUCAUUGACGAGCCCGACCAGGCGCCCAUUUCCCGCAAAGCUCCGAAGGAACUACAGCGCAAGAUGAAGCAACGUGAUAAGAUGGCAGAAGAGCAGCCGGUCACUGCCCAAGCAGAACCAAAACCGAAAGAGCCGAGAACGACACUACGAAUGCGAUCAAGACAAAAGAGAGGCUUGCUCAUGAUGCAGGAGCCAAGCAUACCAGUGCCGAAACCGCCAACUGCGGUGGAAGAAGAGGCUGGCGAUAGAAUCGCCAAGACGCUGUCUCCGGAGGCGCAGCGGACACGAUCGGCCUCGCCUGAACAAGUGACUAUACCCAGCUCGGUGCCCCCUGCCGAGGACCUAGAAACAGCCCCCGUGGAACGAGCCCCAACUCCUGCGCUGGCGGAACCCAGCAGCGAGGAUGAUUUGCCGCCGUUAUCUAGGUGCCGAACCAAGAAAAUGAGAACCUAUUCAGAAACAGCCCCCGCGGAGCGACAACCUACUCCUGCGCUGGCGGAACCCAGCAGCGACGAUGAUUUGCCGCCACUAUCUAGGCGCCGAGCCAAGAAACGGAGGACGUAUAGUCCGCCUCCAGAGCCAGACUGCGAAGAAGCACCGAAAGGGAAACGGCAGCGACGAAAAGCUACGAAAGAGGACAAGGCGAGUGAAGAGGAAGAGGAACCUCGGCCGCGAAAACGCCAAGCAGCCACGCGCAGCCCCUCCAACAAAGAAGCCGAGUCUGCACACGAAGAAACGAAAGAGGUCACUGAGGUGCAAGGACCGCGAAUUGCAAAGUUGCCGCGAAAAGGCAUUCGCAGCAGAGAGAUUUUGGGUUACGUUUUUCCGGGUAUCGAGGCGCUGAUUCCAAGUCCGUUUGCUUCGGCGUCGUUUCGGCUCGGGGGCCCGCCUGUGCCCGCUGUUCGUAGCGAGGUGCCGACGGAGCCUGCCAAGGUCGACGCGGCACCACGAAAGCCGGCACGUGCAUCAUCGCUUGCGCCAGAUUCUGCGGCACCUUUGCCUAUCGAGGAACUGUUCGCCGUCGAGCCUGCAGUGGCAGGGGAAACCGCUGUUGCUCUCCCCGAGGAGACUGUUGCGGCUGCAACCGACCCGCAAGAGCCAAUACUACCUGAAGCGAUUUCUGUGGUCCCAGAAGUUGCCGAGGAGAUUCCCAAGCAGUUUGUAUCUCGGCGAAAUGUUGCCCUUCAAGCACACGCGCCCGUUGUACGGUCCAACAGUGCAAACGACGCGGUGGCACCCACCACGACAGAGCCCAACGAGACGAAACUGGAGUCGUUGAGUGCGCCCGAGGUUGCUCUGGCAGAAUUAUCAGCAUUUUCCAAUGUGCCAGUCGAAAGCGCAAUCACUUGCGGACCAACACAGAAGCUAGCUACACCCAAAGCACCAGUUGCUCUCGCAGAAAUACCAGCGCCGUCCGAUGCGCCUCUAGAAGACGCGACAUUGUACGAGCCGGAUCAAAAAUCUGCGGCUUGCGAAGCACCAGCAGCCGCAUUGUUGCCGUUGGAAGGCAUGUCCAGCGGCAGCGAAACCAACCCGGCGGCGGGCCGACCACGGAUCGUCAACCCCGCAUCGCGAGGCAGAAAAGCGGCGCGGCGAGAGGACGCAGCGGGGCUGGCGCCGCAGGUCAUGGUGCCACUUGAGCCCGUCCAGCCGGUGGCGGCGCGCAUGGUGAGUGCGCGCCCCGGGGGUGGCGGCCGAAGGGGACGGAUUGCGGCGGUCGGUCCUCUGGCUCUGGGUCCCGUGGGCGCACCACUGCCGUCUGCAGCGGGCGUACCGAUUGUCGCAAUGAAGGCGGCUAGUACACCGAGAUUUACGUCGGCGAGUGCCUUCAUAUUUCAACGAAUUUAUGCCAAUGCACGGCUUGGACUCGCCCCCACGGCGGUGUUUUCAGGCGUGUUAGUGUUAGCGGUUUUUACCGAAUUCGGAGCCGGCUGUAUGCGGGUUGUCGCGAGGGUGGUGCUGCUUGUCAAGGUCGGUCGGCUGCACUUAUCCGCUGCGGGCCAGCAGAGCGAGCAAGCAGGGCAUGUGGGAGCCAGGAAAGGGGCGGCCGCGCUUAUAUCUGAAAAGAACAGGACCCCUGGCAAGAUUUGGGAGGCGGCUGAGCUCGCCGUUGAGUCACUGGCGCGCCGGCUAAGUUUUGACGGUGCGGUGCGAGGCGGCGCCGCCAAUCAUGUCAGCGUGUUCUCGCCGAAGACACCGAGUGGGGCUGUGGGCUCUCCCAGUCUAAAAAACCAUGAGGGAACGGCGGGUACCUUUUUGGUGGGUGAGGCUACCACGAGGUACUUGGCUGGCAAGAGGGCCCUCGCGACACUGUGGUGUGCGCCUUGGUGCACUGCCUUGCCCGCUGCCCGCCUGGCGCCAUCGCAAUCCCGCAGCCUUUUGCUACCUGACGACAAUCCUCUUUCAAGGCUCCCCCGCAGACUCAUCAGGUCUCGCCAAAACUCUCAUCUCCAACACAGCUCCGUCUUUGCAGACCAAGAGCGUCUUACAAUAAUCCAAUUGCAACACACGAAUUGUCUUGAACUUGCCGAGACAGCCCCCUCGCUUCCCCGACUCUCAAUUCCCAAUUCCUGGCCUCACCUAUUCCGCCAGUCCUCGAAAUUCGCCAACCUGGAUUUCUACUCAACCACGACGUCUUUCCAAUCCUACACGAUGUCGGCUUCUGCUCUUCCCCAAGGCUUCUCCAUCUUCCAGCCCACCCUCGGCGCUCAGCUCCAGUUCUUCCCUGCUGUUGGCACCCAGGAGCUCGAUGAGCUAAUACACGCCCAUCUCGUCGGCCCUGCUUCUUCCCAGGAGAAGCGCGCCACGGUGGCCCUCGACUUCCUUGACCACGCACAGCGCACUGGGCAGACAUUUAAAUUCUAUGCCGUCUACCCCGUCGCCGCCUCGCCCGCCGCCUCGGCCUCGUCUUCCUUCCACACCUCGCCCGCCACCGCCUCGUGGGACUGGAGCCAGACCUCGCGCACCGCCUCGGUAUCAUCGCGCUCCUCGCAGCAUCGCGUGUCCAAGCCCGCGAGCCCUGCCUCGCGCGUGCGUACUACCGACUUUGCCAGCAUUCCCGGUAUGCAGAUUAUGACCAAGGAUGGCGUCGACGUCACCAACUCGGCCUCGCGCGGCUCCAAGACUAAGGAGCAGCGCGACCACGCCCACCUCAUGCGCAUCAUCAAGGCCUGCGACAGCUGCAAGCGCAAGAAGAUCCGCUGCGACCCCAGCCACAAGAAGCGUGCUGCCCCGACAGCUGUAGCCCCUGGUGCCACCACCGCCAAGGUUACCAAGAAGGCCCGCACAUCCUCGCCGUCGGUAGCAUCACAAUCGAUAUCUCCACCACAGUCGGUUUCGCCACAAUCCAUAUCACCGCCCGUUUUAAUGGAAGAAUUUGGAAGCUUCGCCGCUUCGCCCUUUGACAUGGACGCCUCCUUCAGCUUUGACGCUCUCGAUGCCUUUGAUCCCACGUUGACCGCCCCCGCCGACCUCUGGGACGAAUUUGUUCAGUACCCGCCCAUCGGCCAGGCCGAAGACUACGAUUUCUUUGCCGACCCAGAGAGCUUGCUCUCUUCACAGUCCUCGGAUGCGGACCUGUCCGCUGCGCGCAUAUCUGUAUCGGCUUCGCCGCCUGGUUCAGGAGCACCUCCUGGCCGUGGCCCCGACAUUGGGCGUGCCGAGUCUCAUACUGAGCUACCCGAGGGAGUAGCACUUGCUACAACGGAAUCGGUGUCGGCGCAACUGCCUUACGAGUUGCACGAUUCUGCUGGUGACUACACCGACUUUAACCUGUUCUCGCCUGGAAGCAGCUUUUCCGAGGAUGAGCUUAUGCUCGACAUUGGGUCGUCGACCUCGAGCCUUUCUACGCGAGAUAUACCGUCGCCGACGGACUCACCUCGUCGACCACCAAAUGUUGGGUCACCAGAUAUUGGUGACGAGGUUGUCAACCAUCGCCAUGCGACCGGACAGUCUCCUUUUACCAGGGCUGAGGAAACCGAACCAUCGGGACGCACCAAUGUGCGCGACAUGGCCGCCAGUGGCAUUGCGGGUGCGCUUAGCGUACUGAGUCGCUCCGACGUGGUCAUGAGCACCAACGACCAAGGUCAAUUAAUCAUUUGUUGCCCCCCUGGCCCUGUGGUUGUCAACAGCAGUGGCCAAGGAUCGGUGGACGCCGGCCUCGUCAACGUGUCUACUGUCAAUGAUUCCAGCAGCUCGUCACUGUAUAUACCACGAGAACUAAGUGUACGUCCCACCCGCUCUGCGCUUCACGCGGCAGCGACUAACCCCUUGAAGGAAUUGGCAGUUGCGUCUGUAUCCGCCGGCACCGGCGAUGUAGAUGCCACCGUGACUACGUGGCUCGACCAUGGCUCGGGCGGCCACCCUGAUCAGCUGGCAGUGCCACUUGCAAUGUCGGCUCAGAGUAGCCCUACGAUGCUUCUCGAUACUCUGCAAGAUGGCCUGCCCUCACGCUUCGUUCAUCGAAACACCGAAGUUGCUCAGUCUCAACCCGUGGUCCGCGCCACUGCCGCAACCCCUGGUACUGCAGUAACCAACAACGGACCCGCUGGAUCGACUGGACACGCUACUGGAUUUGCUACUGGAAUGCUCUCAACCCCUGCUUCUACUUCUCGACUUGCAGUUGGCCUCGACUCUCCCGCUUCUGUAUGGUCUCAUGGACUUGUCAACACGCCCGCCGCCUCCGAAUCGUCAAGCACGCCAUCCCUAUCUGUGUCAUACACCGAUUCAUCUUCUACUGCGUCGCCUUCACUGGUCACAUCUCCCGUCGAUAUUUUUGGUGGCUACGUCUCUGACGAAUCCGGCUCCGUGUCUUCUGUCCAUUCUGAUGUGCCAGAUCGUGGCUCUUGGGAAAUUGUUGACUUCUCUGUUUCAGCACUGCCGGAUGGUGAAUCAACAUCCGAUGCUGCACAUGAACUGUCGCACAUCAGCCUCUCUGCCUCGGAUCUUGACAAGUCACUCGGGUCUCUGGAUGUUGGCAAGCAGCCUGCUUCGGAACUUGAUGACAAGCCAUUCAUUUACGAAUCCACGUCGGACGAAUCCUCGUCGGACGAAUCCUCGUCGGAUAACAAUGAUCUAGUUUCUUCUGUGGUCUCCAUGGUUGAGACUUCCCAGUCUCCUGUUGCUUUACUUGCUGGCCGUCCUGUCCAGUAUGCUGAGCCGGCGUUUGACGUAUCCCCGACUGCCGUCUCGACCAGUUCCCUGCAUGACGCGACUAGCGUCGGAAGAUCACUGUCAAGCCUUGAUGCGGCCAGCCCCAUCACCCCCUCAGAAUUGGCUGUGAUGAUACAGACCGCGCUCACUGGUACGCUGUUGGCGGCCGCCUAUGCGCAGUCUGUCGCCUCUUUACAGCCCCAGAGCAUCCACAACAGAGCGUGCCGAGAAUACACGCAACGUGGCCGCCAUGCGGUGGCCCCGUACAUGCGUGCCGACGCACCGGUUGUCGAGGUCGAUACGGGUGUGGUGGCUGUAGUGCAUUGGUUGGUAGCGGUCUACGUGCCGAGCGGGCUUUUUUCUCCUCUGAAUUCCAUGCAGGCACUUGAUGCCGUAAAUUUUAUAAAUUCUACAGUUCAUGCCGUCGCUGCGUGCAAAUCCGCCAGCCGCAUCAUCACUAAGCGGAUACGAAUUGUACCUACGGCUUGUAAUACCUGGUCACGGGGCUUGUCAGGUGACUUGUGCCGUUUCCAAAGGUGGAUUGGUUUUUGGCUGGGAGCUGAGCUAACUAGAGGGACCGCUGGGAUUUUCUUCUUCUUGGGGGCCACUCAGCGCUUGGAUCGCUACCUGCGAUGUGGCUGCGACCUUGUGGCUGCGACCUUGAAAUUCCAACCUUCCUCUUCUUCCCCCUCUGUUUUUCUUGCAUACGGUAAACUGCUGUACGACCCUUGGCGCGGGAGGACAGAUUUUCAAGGCGGGCAAGAGAGAUUUUUGUUCAGGUACGCUGCUGGCGUCAGGCGCCAUCUUUUUGCUUUCUUCAUCAUUUCCUUGAGAUUCUUUUUUAGCGUCUUGUUUGGUGAUUGCCUUGCGCUGCCAGCAGAGGGUGCGCGCGCACAUCACUACCGCGUUUAUCCUGGUUUUGUCCUUAUACACAGCCGCCCAGAGAUCGCCAUGACAAGUCUCAAGUCGGUCAAGCUGGGUGGCUUCCGCAACGGCCUCCGCCUUGCCAUGCGCCGGCUCCUGCGCAAAACGCCGCCAGCUGGCAACGGGUCUGGUGCCUCGUCGCCAGCUGCCGGCCAAUAUGCAGAAGGAGAAGGCGGUUCCCUCAUGCCUCCUGCAAACGCUGCCGCUGCAAACGCCGCCGCCUCUGCCUCGUCCAAAGAAUUGCUGCUUUCACCUCCCCUCCACCACAUCGCCCCCCCUACUCCUGCAGAUACUCACGACGACGGCUGGUCUCGCGCUCUGAACGGCGACUUCUCAGAUAUUGUCAAGUCGCAUGCCCACGACGACGAGGCCGCCAUCCGAAGAAAUACACCCGAUAUAGCCCCUACACCAGACUCACAAGGACACAACCUCAACACCAGUACACCCGAUCCCACCAUGGCUCCCCCUAGACCCUUGACGGAGCAGACGCGACCUACACAGAAAGUGCCCCCUCUUUCCUCACAAAUCCCACCGGGAGAAGAGAACAAGGAAAAUAUGCCCCCCGAGAAGCUCGCCGCCUCGCUCGCCGGCCUCAAGAUUGUCGGCUCGCCUCAAAAGGGCGACGCAGUCAAGACGGCCCCGGUGGCGACCCCGGACCCGGUCGUGCAAGAGAUCGCUGGAGACGACGAACCCGAAGUCGACUACAGCUUUCUCAAUGACCCCGUAAUUGCCGCUGAACGCGCCGAACAUCUGCGAUUCAUCGGCGAGGCCUUGGAUAUGGCCCGCCUCGCCCUUAAAAUCAACGAAACACCCGUCGGCUGCGUUUUGGUCCACGACGGCAAAGUCAUUGCCAGGGGGAUGAAUGCCACCAACGUUACUCGCAAUGGUACCCGCCACGCAGAGUACAUGGCCCUCGCCGCCUUGUUCUCCUACUCCAGCAAGGACGGCCCGCGCCCAACCCGCCUCAAGCCCAAGGAACUCACGGAUAAGGAGGAGGAAGAAAAAGCUGCCCGUUUGGUAGCGUAUGAAGAGGAAAUGGCUGCGGGUGUGACGGCUGGUGAACAAGACACACCGCCCGAGACGGAACUGCCCGACGCCGUCUCCGAAACGCCGUCGACUGAUGUACCGCCCCAUGAAGGCAACGAGGACGGCAAAAAAGGGCACCUCUAUCCCUAUGGACAAAAGAUGCUCGACGUAGAGCGUGUCCAUAGGUCCAUCGUCUCGGAGAGUGUACUCUACGUCACCGUGGAACCUUGCAUCAUGUGUGCCUCGCUGCUGCGACAGCUCAAGAUCAAAAAGGUCUACUUUGGCGCUGUCAAUGACAAGUUUGGAGGCACUGGCGGCGUAUUCAGCCUGCAUGCCAACUCGCUGCCUGUCAAGGCUGACGGUCAAACCGCCAGUGCGCACCCCAUCGCCAAGCCAAUCCAGCUGCCUGAUGGCACAGGAGGCAGCUUGGGGGUGUCGUUUCCUCCCGGUGGAGGUGACGGAGGAAACGUGGAGCGGGGGUACGAGAUCGAGGGCGGAUGGGGCCGUGACGAUGCUGUCGCCUUGUUGCGUCGGUUCUACGUGCAGGAGAAUGGGCGAGUACUAGCACCGGUACCUCGCAAAAAGGAGGGCCGGGCAGCUCGACUCGCCGCCAUGAUGGGACAGGACGGCAUCGAUGGCGACGCCGACGAUGAGACGGCCACCCCUAGCGAGGGCGCCGAUACAAAUGAGGCGGGCGAUGACUUGCGCAAGCCGAGCAGCGAAUCGAGCUUUGACGACGCGCAACUCGACGGCGACGGCGAGGAUCUUUACGCGGCCUAA